CAUCAACUAAUAAGCGAAAAGGGGAGAAUGUCAUAACACAGAAUGCACAGCCUACUAAAACCAAAUUGUCGAGACAGGCCCGUACACGCAAAAACAAAAAACUUAGGCUAGCUAGGCUUAAAAGAACAGGAUGGUCCAUUAAAAAGAAAGCACGUAUGACAGCACCUCAGGUUGUUAUGGAAAAAAACUCCACGGAACCAGAGUGCAUCACAGAUCUAAGUGGCCGAACAUUGGUUUACUUAGAGCAACUCGAUGACUACAAUGCCGUUAUACUUGUAACCAAUACUGGCUUAUACCAGAAACAACUUGCUCUCUUUUACAAGCUCCAAUAUUGCAAGCUAUCAUGGGGUCUAUUUGCGCCAAAGCUCUUUGGAGUUUUCCCAAUAAUAGCUAUUAAUUUUAAUACCACUAGUGACUAUCAUUGGGAUGAGCAUAAUGAGGCAAAUA